AACCUUUCAAGAUCCAACAAUCCUCGGGGAAAUGGCGGCGGCGGCGGCAGGCUUUGUCGAGUUCCAUCGGUCCAUGUCGCUGGAGCACCAAGCCAUUCCACCUCCGCCACCAGCGAAGGCUCACCGUAAGUGCGUCGCCGCUUCCGUCUCGUAUCACGCAUCGCCACAUGUCACCGCUGAACUGUCAACAGUUGACCAAGUGCUGGAGUGCCGAAACGAGCUGUGGGAGCAUGUGGACGAGAUAUUGGAGUCUGUGACUGGCGAGAUGUCGAGCGCGAUGGCGGCAGCCGUGGACAAGACGAAGCAAUUGAAGAAACUGCAUGCGAUCUGCCACGCCAGGGAGCAGCAUGUGCACACGAUCAAGCUAGGACUCAUGCACGAGCGGAACGAAUACCUAGCGAAACUGAUAGCCAUCCAAGCGUAAGACCAUUGCUUCGACCUUCCAUGACGUCGUCACACUACGUUUCCAGGCUCUUGCGUAGUCGAACCACUCCAGAUCCUUCAACACUGACCACCCUCCAAAACGAUGUCACAGAUAAACACCACGAGACGUGCCAGCUCCUUCUCCAAGUACUAUCGAACCGAAGAUCACCCCACUCUACCAGUGUCACCCCAUCCAUCUCGAGCUGACUCCACAACCGUACUGCCAUCUAUUCCAUCAUAACACGACCAUAACGUUAUCGCAAG